UGCCAUUCGGCUUUUCUUUACGGUCCUUGUGGGUUUCUUCGUAAACUCCAUGAUGUGCUUGUGAAACACUACCAAGAACUAGUCACCGGUGAGAACCUAGUGGGAGCUUUGGUUGUAGCGCAAGAACGUGGCGUACCGAGAAAGACGUUCUUCACGGAUUCCUCAACGACUGAGCUGCAACAGCAUGUCGAACCCCGCGCAACCCUACGAGCCCUCUCGACGGACGACCGUCUAUAGCCGCCAGCCAGAGGAGCUUCAUAUCCCGUCCGGGACCCAGACUAGCUCAAAUAUGCAGCGCCAAUCGAUGUCUCACGAACUAUCGACAGCUACUGAGCCCCCAAUGAACAAUCUCCCUUCCAUCAACGUCCAGCCGUCGAGCGCCCAACCAAGUCACUAUGGGGCCGGUACCAGCAGUGGCAGCGGUGCUCUCCCAGGAGCACUUCAACCAGGGAACGUGAACCGUCCUCCAGCAGUGUCUAUGAACACAGCGCCUUCUGCGCUCCCAACGCUUACCCAACUGUCUACGCAGCUGCAACCGCAGGCAUCGCAACAACCACAACAACAACAGCCACCGACGACCCCCCGUUCGGGCAUGGUCAAUUCGCACGGUCAUUCCAGAUCCAGUCCUUCGAACCUCGAGCAACCCAAAUAUAGAACGCACGGAGUGACAGAGAAUUCCAGAUAUGGAUCAUCACCUGGUGCGGGUUUCCAGCCCCAUACUCCGCAAGGAGCGAAAUACUCCCCGCUUGGGUUGGCCGAUAUACGUCCGUCGGGGGAUCUUCUGAGCGACGCACUCCACAGUCCGAGCAUGCCUCCAAUUAAUGGAGAUACUCAGGUUCCAACGAACAGCAACUACAUCGCUCCUUGGCCCGUAUAUGCAAUGGAUUGGUGUAAAUGGCCAAUUUCAGGAAGCUCGGGCUCCUUUGGCGGCAAGAUCGCACUAGGAAGCUACUUGGAAGAUAACCACAACUAUAUACAAAUCAUUGAUACCCAUUUGACACAACCAGACCCGGAUACACCAGAUCUCGCGCCGGGAGACAUGAAAGUAGAGUAUGUCAAAACCGCGGAAGCCACACAUUCUUAUCCCGUCACGAGAAUCCUCUGGGAGCCGCCCUCGUCCCAGAAGCAAUCGACGGACCUACUUGCGACGUCCGGCGACCACCUACGACUGUGGUCAUUACCCACCACCCAGCCCUUGCAUAGCUCCAACUCGAUCACACGCCCUGCAAAUCAGCGGGAUCCCCCGGCUGCCAAGCUUUCCCCCUUAGCACUGCUAUCGAAUUCAAAGUCUCCCGAACAUACUGCCCCUAUCACGUCUCUCGAUUGGAAUACGAUAUCUCCCAGCUUGAUCAUCACCUCGAGCAUCGACACGACAUGCACAAUCUGGGACAUUCCUACGCUCACAGCCAAAACGCAGCUGAUCGCGCACGACAAGGAGGUAUAUGACGUUCGAUUCUGCGCGAAUAGCGUCGACGUCUUUGUUAGCUGCGGCGCUGAUGGUAGUGUGCGCAUGUUCGAUUUGCGCAGCCUGGAGCACAGCACGAUCAUCUACGAGCCGACUGAGAAGAAUGACAAAUUAAUGAGCCCUGGAAACGGUAGCCCUUCAGCUCCAUCCAAUUCCGUCUGGCCCCACCUCUUUUACGUAUUGCAGGUGUCAUCACCACACGACGCUCAUCUCCUAGCAACAUUCUCUCAAGACUCCAACAUCGUCCGCGUGCUCGAUGUCCGGCAGCCGGGUCAAGCCAUCCUCGAGCUCAAGGGCCACUCCGCAUCCAUCAACUGCGUCGAAUGGUCCCCCAACCGACGGGGUGUCCUCGCCUCCGGUGCAGACGACUGCUUCGUUCUCCUAUGGGAUCUGAUCAACCAGCACAAUGCCGCACCUGUGCCCCCCGUCGUGCACAACCCAGGCACACCGUCAACCACUUCCGAACGAGGGCCAGCUGCGGCCUGGCAAUGCGAUUAUGAAGUCUCGAACCUUAGCUGGUCGCCUCAAGGAGGGACGACCAGCUCCGGCCACCCGAGGGAUUGGUUAGGAGUUUGUGGAGGCCGAAGCGUGUGGGGAGUUGCAUUAUGAGAUGGAGACGGAUAAACGAUCUUUUGCUUCUAGACAACUUCUAUUUAUUCCCCUUUUGUUCCUUUUUCCUUUACUUCCUCGUCUUUCUUGAGUCUUGGUCUGCCUUGCUUAUCGUUCUAUCCGACUGGGUGAUGAAAAAUGAAGUCAUGCAUGCCGGUAUAUGGAGCGAACUGGGACGAGUGAUGAUUGAACGAUUGACUGAAUUAAAUCAGAGAAAACAUACAGAGCUUGACUGUAACAGGGUGAGCGCUCAUGUGAGGCAAAAAUUCAAGAGGGUAUAUAGAGAUUCCUCCAAUCUA